AUGGCCAGUUGCUUCAAGGUGUGCCUGGACUGCGUCCAAGGUCCGAGCGUGUUUAACAGCCACGUUCGGCUCCGGGAGAAUGUCGGCGUGUCGUUGGACUCGGACCAUUGCGGCAAGCGCUUCGGGUGUCGGGGAAACGUGAUCCUGCUGAAGGACGGCCGGCGCAUCUGCGGUAGUGGCGCGGCGAUUGGCAACGCACCACUUGUGCAGAACAAGUCUUAUUUCGAAGUGAAAGUGCAGCAGACGGGACAGUGGGGCGUGGGCGUUGCGCUGCGGGAUAUCGACCCCGAUUUGUUACCCCUCGGCCGUGACUCGAAGUCAUGCGUUCUGCGAAACACCGGUGACGUGUUCUUCGACGACCGACUCGUCGAUUCAUUCGAGCACGAGGUCGAGGAGGGCAGCGUUGUGGUAAGCAUUCGAUUCGACAACUUUAUAUUUAAAACGUGUCAGUGGUCGAGCUGGUCGUGUCUUGAAGAUUGA